UAUGCUUAAGAACCGCUAGAAAAAGUAACACACGGGGCUCAUGGUUUUUAAUAUUCAUAUGCCACACUGACCUCAUCUCCACGCCCCUCCUUUUCCCUUCUUCAUCCCACCUCUAAUUACCCGGUUCUCCACGAUUUCUGCCGCUCUCUCUCUCUCUCUCUCUCUCUCUCUCUCUCUCUCUCUCUCUCUCAAACACCUGCGCAGAGCCGGUGAAUCACGCCGAAGCCGCUUCGCUUCUCAACAUCUCAUCGCUUCGACAUUCGAUCGCCUCCAUUUUAACCAGGAGCUUCUCCGCAGUGAAAAGAGGAUUCCGUUCCCAUCGUCUGCACUCGAUGAGUAUUUCACCAGCUCUUCCCCUCCGUGUGGUGUAAGAAAAGCAGACUGCGUGGAUUGGAUGCGUGUCCCUUUUGUUUCUUGAGGGUGCAAUGAUGCUGAAGUGAUGCUGCGUCGCUCUUCCCACCCGCUGUAGAGCAACAUCAUCAACAGCAUCAGCACCAGCACCGGUAUGGCACUGAUCGAGCUGCCCAACGUGAGACAUUUGGACUAACAAAAUCAAAUCUGAAGUGUUUCUAACGCCGUUCCGGAUCAUACUGAAGUUGACGGGUUGAAGAGAGCGGCUGGUGCCUGAAAGCAGUCGAAGGCACAAAUGAAAUUCUGUGACGAAGAAUAAGACUCUGGAGGAGACGCUGUUAACGCACAUAAUUACACUCGUUCCACUCCUACUAAAGCACACACACACACACACACGCACACACACACACACACACACACACACACAGAUGGCACUCGACAACACAGGCUUCUCCACGUGCCCUGAAUCCCUGUCUCUCCCGGUCCCAGAGAAAGGGGAGGAGCCUGCGGAGGAGGCUCCAAAGGAUGCUCCACCCACUAGCGAAGAGAACGCAUCCGAGGAGCUCGGACACGUGGUAACCACAGAUACGUCUCCGCCCCCACAGCCGACGACGAAUAACAACAUGUCCUUCCAGGACAAGAUGGCUGCGAGGGAGGCACAAGCCAAUCAGCCCCGGAAGAAAGUGCAGGGGGCGGGGCAAGAGAGGGGCAGGUUUGGCUGGGGACGCAGCAAGCGUAGGAGGCAGCGUUACGUGGAGAAGAACGGUCGCUGUAAUGUACAGCACGGGAACAUGAGGAAGACGUACCGUUACCUGACAGAUAUCUUCACCACGCUGGUGGAUCUGAACUGGCGUUGCUCUCUCCUCGUCUUUGUCAUGGCGUAUGCGGUGACCUGGCUCUUCUUUGGAGCAAUAUGGUACCUCAUUGCAUACUGCAGGGGUGAUUUGGAUCAUUUAGAGGACGAGUCGUGGACGCCGUGCGUGAAUAAUGUUAAUGGAUUCGUCUCUGCCUUUCUUUUCUCCAUUGAGACGGAGACGACCAUUGGUUACGGUCACCGGGUUAUUACAGAUCAGUGUCCAGUUGGCACCAUGUUACUCCUGCUGCAGGCUAUACUGGGAUCUAUGGUCAAUGCUUUUAUGGUUGGAUGUAUGUUUGUGAAGAUCUCACAGCCAAACAAGCGUGCCGAGACGUUGGUGUUUUCCCGUAACGCUGUCAUCUCGCAGAGGGAUGACAAGCUCUGCCUGAUGUUCAGAGUGGGGGACUUAAGAUCUUCCCAUAUCGUGGGUGCCAACAUGAGAGCAAAACUUAUCAAAUCCAAACAGACACAAGAGGGUGAAUUUAUUCCUUUGGAUCAGACAGACAUCAGCGUGGGUUUCGAGACGGGAGACGAUCGUCUGUUUCUUGUGUCUCCACUUGUGAUCUCUCAUGAGAUUGAUGUCCGCUCUCCGUUCUGGGACAUGUCACAAGCGCAGCUGGAGAAAGAGGACUUUGAGAUCGUUGUCAUCCUGGAAGGGAUGGUGGAGGCCACAGGAAUGACAUGUCAGGCACGGAGCUCUUACCUGGCUGAGGAGCUGUUAUGGGGUCACAGGUUCAGCCCUAUGAUGUCACUCGCUGAUGGAUUUUUUGACGUGGACUACGGGGCCUUUCAUCACACGUUUGAGGUGAACACACCCUCGUGCUCGGCGAGAGAGUUGGCAUUGGCCGCCGCUCGCUUGGAUGCUCAUCUCUAUUGGUCGAUUUCCAGUCGUCUGGACGAAGAGAAAUGGGAGGGGCCUAAUCUGACUGAGCAAACGGGGAAGUCCAAUGAUUCCGAAUCUGUAAGGGAGGGGGAUGGGCCCACGUUUAUUGUGGGUGGAGUUACAAAUACGCAGGACCAAUCAGUCGUAGGGGAACAGAACGGCAGUGUCACGACUGACCAGUCAGAGUCUGAGGCUUAAACGGAUACAAGAAUGUACCGAGUGUAUUCUGGGAUUGCCUCAUUCCUAGUGUUUGGACAAAAUAGGAAGCACAAAGUUGAUGACAUAUGUUUUGGAACAGACAUCUCUAUGUGUGCCUAUGAAGCCUUAAAAUGCUGUCUAGGUAGGCAGCUUACUAGGAUGUGGAACUGAGCUAUAUGUCUGAUUUGUAUGUGUACCAAUCAUAUAAGUAAUCUAUCAGUCUUAAAGGAAUAGUUCAGUCAAAAAUAACAAAUCUCCCAUAAUUCCUUUCACCCUUAUGCCAUCCCAUAUGCCUUCUGAACUUUAAACUAUACUGCAUGUGUUGCGAGUUGUCGUAUAAUGUUUUGCCACGAAACAUGCAAGAACCAAGGAAUUUAUGUUAUCAACAUGUCAUUAUACAGUAUUUGUUUUGGUUUCAACUUUGCUAAAUAACCACAAAAUUGGAAUAUUCAAUGAUGAAUGUAGCCUGUGUGUUUUUUGAGCUUGAACAUUUUGAGUCCCAAAUUGGAAGAUAAAAUUAUGUCAUUUUAAUAUUUUAAAAAAGGUAAUCAUAUACAGUACAUCUGGGAUGGCACGAGGAUGAGUAAACAUUUUUAAAAUUUUCAUUUUGGGGUGCACUAUUCCUUUACAGUAAAUGUUUCUAAUGCCUUUCUUCAGCCAGUGAAGUUUUGACAGAUCUGACAAAACAGUACUAUUUUUGAAACAAUCUUUUCGAACACGUCUGCGCACAUUGUUCAUAGUCACAUUGGUUAGACUCACAUGUACCUGAAAAAAGACGUGAAGGUGUUACUAUGGUGACAAUGUGUUCCAAUUUGCACCAUCACAGCACAGUUUAGCAUUAGCUUUUUGAGAGUUCGGCAGUGUUAAAAUUAGCACUGCACUCAUGACUGCCGGCUUUCGCCUGGGAAAGUCUUUGAGUUUAUUUUGCUGAGUUUUACUGCCACUGUAUCAUGUUAAGGAUCUAAAUAAUAAAGAAAAAUGCCCCAAAAUGAAAUGAUUAAAGCCAACGCAUCUUUCCUACUUUCAAAUGAAGUUGAUAUAGAAAUGAACAUCAUCGUGUGAUCGUUGAACCUUUUGCACCGUAUUUGAUUGAAUACAAAUACACUUUAUAUUCUUUGUUUAUUUUGUUUACUUUGAUAUUAUAAUGUUUCCAUUACAACAAUGCAAUAGCUCAUUGCUCUGUGAUGGUUGAAGACGAGCUCGAUUCAGUCUCUUGGCCUUACAGGGUUUUAGAUGAAUAAGUUGGUGACAAUUUCCAACAGCCAAAAGAAUAGUUUAAGUGUUAUUGCAUGCAUUAUUAUUGAACUAUUUACUAUAUUUAAUAGUCGAUUUGUUUAAAGAUAAUUAGACCUAACAUUUGCUGAAUAUUACAAACUUUUCUUGGAUUAAAGACCAUUUUUGAGUUAUCUUUUUAAUAAAUCAAUUAUAUUUAAAAUAGGAGAUACAGUACUUUGAGGUCAUAGGCCGCUGUUUAUAUUUGUUUCUGAUGGUCUGUUUAAAACCAAAACAGUUGAACACAAAUGUGUAGAUAUAAUUUAUACAAAUUAUAUCUAGUUUUAUAUUAGUUUCCUCUGUGACAAUCAUAUAUUUAAUGCUGUUUUUUCCAUUCCUAUUCCAAUUUGAAUCUGAUGAAACCAGACUGAUCCUGGAUUGGUGACAUAUUCAAUUCAUGUCGACUAACACGAACUCGACUGAAAACCUGUGAUCAGCAGUUUGACACCUAAUGUAAAGACACUUUCAUGGGCAAUGUGUAAGCACUGGUGUGUGUUUUUGUAAUUCAGUUGUGUACUUCAGUAGUGUGUAUGUUGACAAAACAACCAGUCUGGACCCUUACAGCAUGUAACUUUGAAACUUUAAAUCAUUGCAAUUUUGAUCUAGUCAGUUCAUAAGAAAAACUUCUGAGAGAUGUAUGAAUUCAAACUAAAUAUAGAAACAGUGAUCCGAAACUGAAUUGACUCUCAUUAUAACUAUUAUUAGGCCAUGAGGAGCUCUUUGUGUUCCUCCGUGUGUUUUACUUUGUGCCGUCUUGUCUGUGAUUUGUAGCUCACCUGACUGUCUUUAGCACAUGCGAAAAGCACAAACACAAAUCUCAUAUUGCUUUUGCUGCUGUUGACAUUUUUUAAAUCCGUCUUUUAAGCUUUUUCUGUAUAAUAAUAAUACUACUAAUAAUAAAACUAUAUUCA